CAAAAUCCCAAGACAACCGGAUUUUCAUUCCUUUUUCUCAACUCUCAACCACCCAAGUCUCUUCGAGGAUCGCUUCGACAGCAACUUGACAAAAUCACCAUCAAGAUGUCGGACGUAGAAGAGAACAACGCCCCCGAAGUCGCCGAGGAGGUCGAGGUUUCGGCUGAUGCCGCCUCCAAGGGUCAGAUGUCCGUUCUGGACGCCCUCAAGGGUGUUCUGAAGCUCGCCCUCAUGCACGACGGCCUCGCUCGCGGUCUGCGUGAGGCCUCCAAGGCCCUCGACCGUCGCCAGGCCCACAUGUGUGUCCUCAACGAGUCCUGCGAGGAGGAGGCCUACAAGAAGCUCGUCAUUGCCCUUUGCAACGAGCACAAGAUCCCUCUGAUCAAGGUGCCCGAUGGAAAGCAGCUUGGCGAGUGGGCUGGUCUUUGCGUUCUUGACCGUGAGGGUAACGCCCGUAAGGUGGUCAACUGCUCCUGCGUUGUCGUCAAGGACUGGGGUGAGGAGUCUCAGGAGCGCUCUAUCCUCCUGAACUACUUCCAGACCGAGCAGUAAACAGAACGAGCGUCACCACGCGAUCUGUCACAUCGAGGGGCGGCGGGGCGUUUACGGGGGGAAAUCAUAGGUGGAAUAUAUGAUGGGCUAUCUUAACGGUCGGUCACAUCAAUGAUGACCAUUUCGGAUGACUCGAGCUUCUUCGGUUGGCAAUGGUUCGGACAGGGAAAAGUAGAGGCAUAUAGCUACCUCACACUCGGGACUUCAAUACAAAAGUUAAACCACCA